AAUAGCUGGUUACCUCUGCAGGCGUUUCACUUGCCGGGCCGUCUUGUUGGUGUGCUCGUCUCUGGUGGUGCGAUGUGCGGCUUGUUCGUUGCUUGCAAUGUUUUGGUGGCCCAACACUUUGAGAAACGAAGAGCAACAGCCACCAGCCUAAUGUUCACAGUUUUCGGCCUCAACUCCGUCGCUAUUUCGCCAUUGCUCGAGUUCUUCCGAAAAACUUACGGUGUCCGCGGUGCUUUCCUCCUCUAUGGAGCGCUUCUCCUCAAUGCGAUUCCAGCCGUUAUUGUUCUCAGAAGCCCUCCAUGGUUGACGAAGCAGAAAGUUAGAAGGAGAGCGGCAAAAUGUGAAGUGCAGCACGAAGGAAACGCAGCUGCCGUUUUGAUUGAAUCAGCCAACUCGGUCGAAGAUGGCAACAGGGCAACGGAAGAAGAAAAUGACCACCAUUGCACAAGACAACCUUCAAACUGUCAUCGAUCGUCACAAUGUACUGCUAAACAGAAGGAAAGCGUAUCACAUACUGGUCUACUUCCACACAAAAGCUGCAUUAGGCUCAUGGAAGCAAAGGAGCCUGUUCGACAUUUUAGCAUUCCCACAACGGCAAGGCAAAUGUUGACGUUAUGUUUUCUUGUCCACGCACUGUCUUACGCCGCCGUAUUGUUAACAGCUGGCGUCUUCGUCCUGAUUCCAGCAGACCUAGCCAGCGACCGGGGCCUGAAUCCUUCAGAUGCGGUAUAUUUGCUCCAAGCUUUCUCCGCAGCGGACGUCGCCUUCAGAUCGGUAGUGGGCAUCGCCAUUGAUUCGCGUAUCUUAUCAUAUGAAUCUCUCAUGCUACUUGGAUUCGCAUUGCAAGGACUCGCUUAUGAGUGGCUCGUCUGGGCGGAUACACUACCGCAAAUGAUUGUAGCGUCCGCAUUCGUGGGCGCCACGUAUGGCUCACGAUCGUGCCUGCUGCCACCCGCCUUGGUCAAGGACUUUGGCAUCGGCCCGUUACCGGUGAUUAUGGGUGGUGCAUUUUUUUGCGCUGGCGUAUCUCUUCUUCUCCGUCCGUUACUGAUCGGAUACUUCAGAGACAGCUAUGGCGACUACACUGGACUACUACAUUUGAUGGCUGUUCUCAAUGCAUCCUUCAUGUGCAUUUGGACGUUCAAGUUGGUCACUAAGAGGAGAGCAAGGUCAAAUGUGUCAUCUCCACCUGCACCGAGACAGGCUUAAAACAGAAUCCUACAAGCAAAAGAGGUAGCGGAUAAUGAUGGGCUCCUCUAAUCUAGUUCAUCGAAAAGCACUCGAACAUGACAGCCUAAAUAUUGGCACAUAGAAAAGCGAGGUGGGGGAAAGAAAUUUUAUAGCCUUUUAGCAGGUUUAUUUCGAACAGAGAAGAACAUAUAAGAGUAAGACAAGAGGGAGGGGGACUUGGAUUUCCGCCAGGCGCAGAAGGCGCGUGUGAAUGCAAGCAGGGCUGGCGUGGCUUCGGAUGAGGUGUCCGUUAACGACCUUGACUCGCAGGUCUACAGAUGCGUGAAAGUGGUAAUGGAGGGGAAAGCGAAGUUUCUCUGCAAUACUGCUUAGGUCUGCGUAAUCGCUUUCUAGGUCCGACAGUGCAAGCAAGAACAUCGAGGCAAGAAGAAACAAGAGCAAGCGCUUCGCUUAUCUACUGCAAUGUGAAUGCGCUGUAGCAGCAGUAAAAAUACCUGAGCCCAAGCGAGCUGAUAACUUUUCAGCUUUUGUUCGUGUUCUCUUUUACAGCGAAGCUGUAUAUGCCUAGGUGAAACACUCGUGGCCCGACCACAGAAAUCCUAUUGCGGGGGUAUCAGCCAUUGUCGCGGGGGGUAUGAGCAAUUGCAUUAGUCUUGACAGACGGACAAAGUUCUCCUUAGGUAGGCAUAGAAAUGCUUACGCAUUUAAAACAUAUACAUUCAUCUACGUAUUAUUGUAGGGAAGGGAGCCCGAGGGUGGCGGGGUAAGACAGUUUCAUGAUGGCAUAAUUAUCUCGCAGCAAAGAUGUGGCGCACCAUUGGCUACGCCGCUAGUGACGUCGUACCUCUCUCGCAGCAAAGCGCGCGCGCAGCAGUCUCUCUCCGACUUCGUAAUAGGUUCAAAAAUGUGUCCCUGUGUUCAAUAAAAGAAAAUUUCUCGGCCCGGUGUUUCACAUGGUAGCUACAGUGCACAACAGAGUCAUAAACACUAUGAUUAACGCAUGACGAAACAGAAAUGCGUAACAUAAUACAGAAAGACUUUCAUGAACCUGCUGGACUAAGACAAUGAACCGCUCAUUGCAACCCUCCAUAAUGGGGAAUAUGCGAAGCGCAAUGUGUGGCAUUUCAAAUAAACAAUGUAAUAGACCCAAACCAAACGUGUGCGUGGCCUCACUAAGAAGCACAAUGACGUAACGAAUAAUUGAGAAAGAAUUUAUUAAAGUAUCGGAAUUAACCCAGUGAUAAACACCGGGGCCGACCAUUUCAGCUUCGCUGGUUUUUCCACCUGUACAGGGUGCAUGGGCGGUAAACUUUUGAUUUGUUCUUGCUCUGGUUGUGAGCUAAGCUGCCUUGGCACUUUAUAUGUCACUUAAAGGCACAUUGCCUACAAAAUUCU